CUCCACCUCAAGGAAUAUGCUUUACAGGUUGCGACCUAUGCAAGCCCAAUAACGUCCUGUUUUGCGUCAAAUACCAAGCCCAAAACCAAGCACAUCUACGUUUCUGCCUUUGCUGGCAACAUCCAAUACUCCUCAUACCUUCCGAUACCGUAACCUGUUUUUGGGGUUAUUACAGAGUAGGACGAGGCACCUAGACAGCUUUGCAGUUUGCCUUCACCAGCUCCUUUGCUCAAGGCAUAUUCAGCGCGGGGCCAAGCCCUUCCCACUUUCUAAACUUAGAUUGUUUACACCGGCGGCAUAGAUAGUUCGCUGGCAGUAAUUGUUCGACCUUUGCGGGCUAAGGAGCACGCUCUCGACGCAGCCCAGUUAUCACUUAGGAGCGGCUGAAGCGCACGCCCUGUAAGCUUAAAAGCCUGCUGCACCGCUUCUUCUGAUCAGGCUAUCUCAGGUUGGACCAUACGCCGGUCCUGCCGGUUAUGGCCAGCAGGAGGGAUGCCGCAUCUGAGGUUCCAGAGGGCUCCGAUCGCUCCGCGCUCUUGCAGCAAUACCAACAACGAUUACGCGACAACGAUCUAAUGGAUGUCGAUCUACAACAUUUUGACACGCUCCCUUUACCUCAACACGAAGCGAACCAUUGGGUGGGCCCUCCACCCGCCUCACUUCGUAGCUUCCACCAGCAACAGCAAACAGUACCCUUAAAGCCACAAAAGCAGAUUUCCGGUUCUGCGGCUGGCCCGUCGCACUCGAGUCCUGCUAUGACAGGGCCGGACCCCAGCUCAGUAGACUACUGCGCCCACAGGAGCACACCUUUUGGCAACGGCUUCCCUAGCCCUCCCGGCCACAGCUCACCAACCCUAGCUGACCCAGCACACGCCCAGCAAGGCGCUCAGGACGAGGCAGCAGCGCCACUCCUCACAGCAGCGGGCCCCGCCAGCACCAUGUCGUAUGCCACCGAGGGUGUGUACGGCAGCGAGGAUAGCAGGGCCGCCACAGCCGCUCCUUCUGGGCCCCUCUCUGACCUUAACGACGGUGCUGACACGUCAUCCCACGAAGAGGAGCUGGGGCCGUUUGCCUCUUCCACUGCUGCCGACGUCAUAACAGGAUCGGGCACCGACCGAGCAUCUCACGGUGAGGAGCAGCAGCAGGGACGGGAGGGGCCCAUGGGGUUAGGGCAGGCCGCUGCUGGGGAGGACGCCAGCGCGCUGCUAGGGCGCGAGGCGGCUUCGAAGCGGAUGCAGGCGCCAGCCCUGGCAGCUGCCCCACAGCAGCAGCAGCAGCAGCAGGAGGAGGAGGACGUAUUGGAAGCCCUGGCGCCCCUGGACGAACCCUCUCUGGAGCCUUGGCAGCAACAGCAGCAGCAUCACCACCACCCCCAGCAGCAGCAGCAACAGCAACAGGAGCAGGAUCACACAGAGCGGGAGCGGCAGGAGCAGCAGCAACCGCUGCACGGGGCGAUGAUCGCAGCAGCACCACCAGCAUCGGCAGCAGCAACAACGGACUCGGUGCCGCCGGCGUCAUCGUCACAGCAGCAGCAGCAGCGGCGCCACAUGCGGCACCACGGCGCAGCAGCCGGCACGGGGAAUACGGCUUCAGUACGGCAUGCGGGUUCCACGACUUCGCUGCAGGGUGAGGAGCCCUGGUCCAGGUCGACAGCAGCAGCAGCAGCAGCAGGCGCCUGCUCGGAAGACAGCGACGUAGAGGAGGACAGUGAGGGGUACGACGGAGGAGCCGGGGGCGGGGGCGGGUGGCUGUGGAUUAACAGCGAUGACGAGGCACUGUCAUGGGAGGGCGUCGCCCCCGCCUCCGCCGCCGCCGCAGACGGCGCCAUGUACGACAACGGUAGUGAGCGAGUACGGCAACGGAUGCAGCAAUCGGACGGGUACGGGGCUGGUCCCUCGGCGGGCCCCUCCACCCGCCCCGCGCAUCCCCACACCGGUAGCUUCGAGGGCCUCCCACACGUCCCCUUUGGAUGCCAGCGCUUGUACGGCGAGCAGCCCCCGGGCUUCACACGGCGAGCUGCUGCUGCUGCUGCUGCUGCUGCUGCCGGCCCCAGCACCAGCACCGGCGGCUACCCGAGCCCUCCCCCGCUGCUGCCGCCCUCUCCCGGCAGCGCCUCGGGUGCAGGUCCCAGUGCCGCGGGGGCCGGGGGGGCGCGCGACCCGUGGGGCGGCCCCGAGCUGGUGGCUGAGGACCUCUGGAGCGAUGACGAAGAGGAGCGGGAGGACACGACGGCCGAGCAGUUCUACGACCCGGGGCAACCCAAGGACAUCCAGGGCAUCCCCUGGGAUCGCCUGCAGUUCAACCGCGCCACCUACCGCGAAACCCGGCUGCGCCAGUACCGCAACUACACCAACGUGCUGCCGGACGACGACGGAGGCAACUACCGGAAGGAGCUGGCGCCCCUGUGUACGGCACCCAGGCGCUGCGGUACGGCAGGGGUGCGCUGCGGAGGAGGAGGAGGGGCAGGCGCUGGUGCCGGCAGCGGCGCAGCAGCAGCACCCGCAGCACCCCCAGCCAGCAUGGCCCGCGGCCCGCCGUUCUUCACGUUUGUGCGCAACAGCCGUGCCGUACAGUCCAACAUCGUGCACUUCCAGCUGCGCAACCUGGUGUGGGCGGCCAGCAGGAGCGAUGUGUAUGUCGUACAUGACAACUGCGUGAACCACUGGGACCCGGUGGCGCGGGAGGUGACGGAGGUGCUGAACCUGGCCGGCGGCUGGGGCCGAGGGGGCGCGGAGGGAGGGGCAGGCGGAGGCGGAGGGAGGCUGCAGGCGCUGGGGCGUGUGCAGGUGAGCACCAUGUGUGUCUCCGGCGACCUGCUGGCGGCGGGCGGCUUCAUGGGGGAGAUGGUGGUGCGCAGGCUGGCGCCGGCAGCAGGGGGAGGAGGAGGAGGGGGCCAGGGGCGAGGACGCCAGCGUGGUGCUGCCGCCGCUGUGCCGCAUGGGGCCGGGCAAGG